CCCGGAGCCACUUUCCCCGUGUAUUAAAGCAAGAUGGCAGCUGUUGUUGAGAAUGUUGUCAAACUGCUGGGAGAGCAGUACUACAGGGAUGCCAUGGAGCAAUGUCAUAACUACAAUGCCAGGCUGUGUGCUGAGAGGAGCGUCCGAAUGCCGUUCCUUGACUCUCAAACCGGUGUGGCUCAGAGCAACUGCUACAUUUGGAUGGAAAAGAGACACAGAGGACCAGGCAUGGCUCCAGGGCAGCUCUACACCUACCCAUCCAGGAGGUGGAGGAAGAAACGGCGAUCUCAUCCUCCAGAGGACCCCCGGCUUAUCUUCCCUCCUGUCAAGUCAGAGGUGGACGUUGGACUGAAGAAGGAUGCUCUGUUGUCAGCGGAUGGCAGCAGCCUGGAGGCCCUGCUGAAGAGCGACUCCUUGGAAAAACGGACCACAACAGAGCUCCGUGGGUCUGAGGAGGAUUCAAACCAGAGCGACUACACCGGAGGCCUCAACCCAGCUGCUCGGAUCAGAAAGAGAAUCCUCGAGCCAGAUGACUUCCUGGAUGACCUGGAUGAUGAAGACUAUGAGGAAGACACGCCUAAAAGAAGAGGCAAAGGGAAGGGGAAGGGUCGAGGAGUGGGCAGUACCCGGAAGAAGCUGGAUACAGCAGCUCUGGAGGACAGAGACAAGCCGUACGCCUGUGACAACACUAUCAAACAAAAGCAUAUUUCAAAAUCUUCUGAAAGAGUCUGUGGGAAACGCUACAAGAACCGUCCUGGCCUGAGCUACCACUACGCCCACUCCCACCUGGCUGAGGAGGAGGGCGAGGAGAAGGAAGAGAUGGAGAUCAGCGAGCCUGCCCUGCCGCUGCCCGAGGAGCCUAAAACUCCAAAGAAAGGCCCAGACGGUCUCGCAUUGCCGAAUAAUUACUGUGACUUCUGCCUGGGAGACUCCAAAACCAAUCACAAGACUGGCCAGUCAGAAGAGCUGGUGUCCUGCUCUGACUGUGGACGCUCAGGCCACCCCUCCUGCCUGCAGUUCACUCCCGCAAUGAUGGCCGCUGUGAAGACGUACCGCUGGCAGUGCAUAGAGUGCAAAUGCUGCAACAUGUGCGGCACCUCGGAGAAUGACGAUCAGCUUCUGUUCUGUGACGACUGUGACAGAGGCUAUCACAUGUAUUGUCUCAACCCACCCAUGUCUGAACCACCAGAGGGGAGCUGGAGCUGUCAUCUAUGUCUGGACCUGUUGAAAGACAAGGCAUCCAUAUACCAGAACCAGAACGCCCCACCAUCGUGAUGGCCGCUUCCCCCUGCACACACUCAUGGCCGAACCGUCCCGUAGCAGUAUGGUUUACCCUUCAAGAUAGAUGAUUAACUCCCCUGAUGAGCCGACCGCGGAGGGAGUGUGUUCAGAAACAGACAAUAAAUUGUGAAAAGGGAAUUAUCCCUUACCAAACUGGCCUCAUUUAGCUGCAAAUAUGACUGUUGCACAGUUCCAAGCUCAGAUUUAGACCCCAUAGAUUUUUAUUUUCACCUCUUAGCCACAUAGCCAAUUUGAGCAGUACUAAAUUUCAACAAGACACACAGCAGAAAUAGCCAAAAUCUGACUUCCUUCUUAUGUUUUUUACACAUGCGCCUACACAAAGUUGCUAAAAUCUUGUCUAUCCUGCAAUGUACUGAUUUUAUGACUAGAGCAGAAAUAGAGCUUGGAAUCAAGUAGCAUGCCUAUGCUUGCUCAUCGUAAACAAAAGAGACAUUUUAUAAUAUUUAUAUAUUUCUAUGGUAUAUAAUAGUGUUAAGUAUGUACAAAUUGGAAAGAAGAUUGGUUAUGUAAUGGUCUUUUUAUUAGUGCCCAUCUCAUCAUUGUGGAGAAAUCCACUACCACAUUUUCUUUUAUGGCACUGCUGAUAUUUGGUGAAUCACUUGAUAAGAGUCAAAAGGAUCUGCUGAGACUGUAAAUGAUUUCCCAUCUCAUCCACUGCCACUGGCACACACUGAAAACAAAACAGGAACUAUGAACAGAAACCCCGACAUGCUCGUCAAAGUGGCUCCAAAGGCUGAAGGACUUCAGGGGCGGCAGGUUAGCCUCGACUCUAGUUGUUCCCUCUUUUGUGCUGCAUGGAGCUCAAGGGGAUGCAUAAUGUGCAUGUUUCAUUCAGACCUUGGAGCCUUUUUGACAGAACUGUCGGUUUUCCGCUCUCUUCUGACGACUGCAUAGACACAAUUCAGACAUGAUGCUGACGCUUGUGAUAAUGUCAUGAUGAUUAUUCCAAUCAAAUUAAACACAAAUCCUUCUUGCGUUAUCAGCUAGAUAAAGGGAUAAAAAGCCUUCAUCACUGUGUUCUAGCAGUUUACUGAUCGUGCACCCUAUCCAAUAUCUGUUGAUGUUGUGACCACUAGAUUAUUUUAAUGUAAUUGAGGACUAUGCGACCUUGCAGAUGGUCACUCGCUGACAAUGUUAAAGCAAUAUAAGAGCUCCUGUAGGAUGCUGGGAUGAUGGAGACUGGCCCACUGUAGGCUCUGUUGGCAGAUAAUAUUUGAUACUGUAAAUUUUCUUUCUGGGAAAAUGCUAUUACAGAUAGAGGACUGUGGCCGCAUUAGGGAUGGCUCCAUAUUGUAAAAAAGAGAUUAUAAUGUGUGUAUGUAUAGUCCUAUGGAGAAGCAGCGCUUUUUGUUACUGCUUUCGUAGUUUCAUUAUGCAAUGGUUUCCCUCUGUGGCAAGGCUGAAAGAAAAAGUCACUUUACCUCAAACAGAAACAGUAUUUAAAGGGUUUCACUCAUGCUGUUAGAUGGGACAAAGGCAGCGGGAUGAAUAGUAAUGACAGCUGCAGUGUCUGCUUCAAUAACUGCAUAUUCUACAGGUAAACAAGUGCAUGCUCAGUAAGUGUUUGCACUCUCAUAUGCUACGUAGUCGUCUCAGCGUUAGGUCGGCAAAGGUGUCGGGAAAUGGUGUAAUAUAAAUUAACCAUGCUAUCAUGUCGUUUCAAUAGCCAACUAACAAUUACUAAAGCAUUACACGAGUAUAACUUGGUUUAUUUUCUCAUCACGUUUAAACUUAGUUAUUUAGAGACUGUGGCUACUAGAAUAUUUUGCUGGUUUUUGUAUUCAUGGAUGAUGCUUGCGUACCUGAUGUGUGGGGACAUUUUGGGAAUUAAGUGGAGGUUGCUUUCUAGCUAAUCCUGUGAUCCAGGUCUCACCCGAGCCACUCUCUUCCAAAGCUCGAAACAUGACGCAAAGCCUGUAAUGUGAUUAAGAGGCAAAUUGUGGAGCUGCAUCUUCAACACUGAAUGGUUAAGUAAUGGUGGACCCAGUGUGCACUCAGAGGACAACCAUGAAGAAGAAGGAAGUCCACCUGAGGGUUGCAACGGUAUGAGAUUUUCAUGCUACAAUGACCGUCUCAGAAAACAUAAUGGUAUAUGCUAUUACCCAAUGAUUAUAAUCAGUUACAGUGACCCUGAAAGGAAUGAAAACAGGUUUUUCAUAAAUUAAUAUGUUCUGACAGACAUGAAACCUGAAACCAAAGCAUGUUAGUUUACAUUUUAGUACUAAAGCAUUUUAAAUGAACCACUAAAUGAAAAAUAACAUCUGGUUUGAGCUUUUAAAAUAAUGUCCUAUGAUUAGAUUAGGUAGAAUUCAAUAUAUAUAUAUAUAUAUAUAACACUAACAUGGUAGAUUUCAGAUUGCAAAUAAGGUGUGAUAACUUUCAGUUUUCAGACUAUGGCAUACCAUGAGACCGCUGCAACCCCAGCCCACCUGUUGUCAUAUUAGCAUUAUGUAUAUUUUUUUCAAUAUCAGAUUAGGGUCUUCUGGUCUCAAGCUUUGGGAGAGAAUCUUUCACGACAUGUUUAAACCGAGGUCAUAGGUUUACAUAGUAGGUGAAUUCUCUUGUGGUGGACUUUCAUUUGGAUUGUGAUGGAAUGCUUUAUUGUACGAAAUUUGUCUUCAGGAAAAUAAAAUACUAGGCACUAUA